UUGAAACUUACAAUAAUUGUUUGACUUUAUAAAAUGGUUUGGACGCCGAUUAUGGAAUUAGAAACGCCUCGAACAUCGUUACCUAAUACAUUUCACAUUUUAAAAAAUCAUUCUUCUCAUGUUCUACAAUACCACCCAACAUCAACCGCUUAUCGCUUAUACAAUGGUAUGCCUCGUUCGGAUGUUCGCUACACAGACACCGCUCUACCACAAUCUGAGAACUCUGUAACUAAAUCUUACAUAAUAUCGACAGAAUCAUCUGAAACAAACACAAUACCAUCCCAAUACGAUAGUGUUCCUUCAUACUAUUCUAGUUCAUCAGUUGUGCCUGUAACACAAACAAGUAACAUUUCUGGGUAUUACAAUCCGUCUUGUUCCAUCAAUGACGUAUGUAACCAAUGGAAUUAUGGGCAACCCACUCCUCCAUUGCAAAACUACUUAUACGGUUACUGCGGAUCGAAUACUAGCUAUUCAUACCCCGACGUCAGUCAAUCUUCUGUAAAUGGUGUUCCAUGGAUGUGUCGGGAGUUUGAUUCAAAACGAAAGCGAAUGACUUAUUCUAGACACCAACUUCUUGAACUGGAAAAAGAUUUUCAUUUUAAUCAUUUUCUUAAAAAAGAGCGCCGCGCAGAGUUAGCUAAACAAUUAAAUUUAUCAGAAAGACAGAUAAAGAUAUGGUUUCAAAAUAGACGCAUGAAGUUUAAAAAAGAAGUAAAAAAAGGAACGACAAAUGAUUCCUCCUUUGAAUAUACGGAGACAUUAAAAACUGAAGUUUCAAGUUGA